AAAAAAGGAAAAAAAAAUUGCUUUCGUUUACCAACUUCCCUGCGAACUGUCCUUCAAGGCUCCUCGCUCUCUCCCUCUUUCUCCUCUUCCCUGCUAACAAUCUUUGUUACCGAUCAGAACAUCUGUGUAAUAAUAAGUCACCUACUAGAACCGUAACUCUCGAGCUCGAGCUUUUCUCUAUCAAUGGCGUCGUCUUCGUCAUCCAUGGAUCGAGUCUCGUGGCGGGCUCAAGUUCUAACUAGACACCUUCAACAACCUUCGAGCUCACAUUCUUCCGUUGCUCCUGUUCUCGAGUCAUCUGUUUGUCUACAAUACGCUCCCCCCGAGCUAUCAGAGAAGUUCGAUUUUGACGUUAGAGAGAUGCGACAAUUGAUGGACGGCCAUAACAUCGAAGACCGGGACUGGUUGUUCGGACUAAUGAUUCAAAGCAAGCUAUUUUGCCCUAGAAAUUCCGGUGGAAAGGUUUUCGUUUCGCCGGAUUAUAACCAGUCGAUGGAACAGCAGAGGGAGAUGACUAUGAAAAGAAUUGCUUAUCUUUUGGAUCGAGGAGUUUUCGAGGGCUGGUUGACGGAAAAAGGAGCUGAAGCAGAGCUGCGGAAGUUCGCUUUCUUUGAGGUCAUCGGUAUUUUUGAUCACUCACUCGCUGUUAAGCUUGGUGUGCAUUUUUUCCUCUGGGGUGGUGCUAUCCAAUUCUUUGGAACAAAGCGACAUCACGACAAGUGGCUGAAGGAUACUGAAAGCUAUGUGAUAAAGGGUUGCUUUGCCAUGACUGAGUUGGGCCAUGGAAGUAAUGUUCGAGGGAUUGAAACCAUCACCACUUAUGACACUAGUACUGGAGAAUUUGUCAUUAACACUCCUUGUGAAUCAGCUCAGAAGUACUGGAUUGGAGGAGCCGCUAAUCAUGCCACAUAUACAAUAGUUUUCUCACAGCUCCAUAUAAAUGGGAAAAGUGAAGGGGUUCAUGCAUUCAUCACCCAGAUCAGAGAUGCAAACGGAAAUAUAUGCCCAAACAUACGUAUAGCUGAUUGUGGCCAUAAAAUUGGAUUAAAUGGUGUAGAUAAUGGUAGAAUAUGGUUUGACAAUGUCCGGAUCCCUCGUGAGAACUUGCUCAAUUCUGUUGCUGAUGUCUCUCAAGAUGGACAAUAUCUGAGUGCAAUAAAAGAUCCAGAUCAGAGAUUUGCUGCUUUUCUGUCUCCACUAACAUCUGGUCGAGUAACCAUUGCACUCAGCUCUAUUUACUCAACAAAGAUUAGCUUAGCAAUUGCUAUAAGGUACUCGUUGACAAGACGUGCUUUCUCUGUAUCACCAAAUGGGCCUGAAAUCCUUUUGCUUGAUUAUCCAAGUCAUCAGCGACGACUCUUACCUCUCCUGGCAAAGACAUAUGCUAUGAGCUUUGCAGCAAAUUACUUGAAAGCAGUGUAUGUGAAGAGGACCCCUGCAGCAAACAAAACCAUCCAUAUUCUUUCUAGUGCAUACAAAGCUACAUUCACUUGGCAUGACAUGAAGACUCUUCAGGAAUGUCGUGAAGCAUGUGGAGGGCAGGGCCUGAAGACAGAAAACCGUAUUGGUCAGUUGAAAAGUGAAAAUGAUGUGAAGUCCACCUUUGAGGGGGACAACAAUGUGCUGAUGCAACAGGUCAGUAAGGCACUCCUAUCUGAAUAUAUAGCAGCUAAGAAAAAGAAGAAGCCAUUUAAAGGGUUGGGAUUAGAACACAUGAAUGAUUCUUGCCCUGUAAUUCCAGCUCAACUCUCAAGCUCUGUCCUUAGAAGCAGCAAGUUCCAGGUUGACAUUUUUUGCUUGAGAGAGCGAGAUUUAUUGAACCGUUUAGCUUCUCAAGUAGCAGAGCGUCAAGCACAGGGAGAAAGCAGAGAGUAUGCAUUCCUAAUGAGCUAUCAACUUGCAGAAGAUUUGGCUAGAGCUUUCUCAGAACGAGCAAUACUACAAAACUUUUUAGAAUCUGAGGCCAGCCUAUCUGUUGGUUCACUAAAGAAUGUGUUGGGUCUUUUGAGGUCAAUGUAUGCCAUGGUUAGCUUGGAAGAGGAUGCAUCAUUCCUCCGAUAUGGUUACAUGUCAACUGAAAAUGAUGCUGCUGUGAGGAAAGAAGUGAUGAAGCUCUGCAGUGAACUGAGAUCCCACGCACUUUCUUUGGUCAGUUCCUUUGGUAUUCCUGAUGCUUUUCUCAGCCCAAUAGCUUUCAACUGGAUUGAGUCUAAUUCAUGGUCUUCAGUUCAUAACUAGAUAAGGGCCGACAUAUUUCUCAUGCUUGAAGCAGAAUAGAAAUUGCUUAUAGGCUUGUGUCAAUAAGGUGCCUAUGUUGAUUUUCUGCUUCCAAUUGUUCAAGGCUAAGGCUACUCUACUGUAAAGUUAUACCAUACACUUAAUAAACCCAAUGCUUUAUUGGCAUUAUCUGAAGUAGGCCCAUCCAAAUGGGGGUCUUUCUUGUUCUCUAUUGGUGUUUAUAUGGAAAUUCUGCCCAACUUAUACAGGAUCGUACCAUUGGAAAAAGACAAUAAUGAAGUUUGUUGUGUAUAAUCA